UAUUCUUUUCUUUUGACACCUGUUCUUCUUUCUUCUCUCUUGUGACUUGUUUAUUUUUGUAGUGAAUUGUUGGCUCUCUUCUCGAGUAGUGAUCUUGUGACUUGGUUUUUGUAGUGUUCUUCUUAAUUAACCAAUUGUUUUUCUUCAAAACAUGUGCUUCUGUAAUACAACAAUCAAAGCAAGAGACGAAGAAAAAAAAAAAGCAUAUACUUCUUAUUGAAUUCUUGAAUACUUUGUUUAGUUGUUUUGUUUUGUUUCUUUUUACAAUUUGAGGAAACGAAAUGGAUUCGAAAUUCCAUGCUUUUAUGUUCCCCUGGUUUGCUUUUGGUCAUAUGAUUCCCUUUUUACAUCUUGCAAACAAACUAGCUGAGAAAGGUCACCGAGUUACAUUCUUGCUACCUAAGAAAGCUCAAAAGCAGGUGGAACAUCACAACCUGUUCCCAGAUAGUAUUGUCUUUCACCCUCUCACAGUCCCUCAUGUCAAUGGCCUCCCUCCUGGUGCCGAGACAACCUCGGAUAUCUCAAUCUCAGAGGAUAAUUUAUUGUCCGAAGCCUUAGAUCUCACUCGCGGUCAGGUUGAAGCUGCGGUUCGUGCUUUGAGACCGGAUUUGAUCUUUUUCGAUUUUGCUCUCUGGAUUCCAGAAGUGGCUAAAGAGCUUAUGAUCAAGAGUGUGAGUUACAUCAUAGUAUCUGCAACAACGAUAGCUCAUACACAUGUCCCUGGUGGUUCAUUAGGUGUUCCCCCGCCGGGUUAUCCUUCAUCGAAGGUUCGUUUCGGUGAAAACGAUGCUCAUGCCCUAGCAAAAUUGUCGAUCUUCUACAAGAGACUUUAUCAUCAGAUCACUACUGGUUUUAAGAGAUGUGAUAUCAUUGCACUGAGGACAUGCAAAGAAAUCGAAGGUAAAUUCUGUGACUAUAUAGCGCAUCAAUACCAAAAGAAGGUUCUCUUGACUGGUCCAAUGCUCCCUGAGCCAGACACAAGUAAACCACUAGAAGAACACUGGAGUCAUUUUCUGAGCGGGUUCCCACCACGUUCAGUAGUGUUUUGUGCACUUGGCAGCCAAAUCGUUCUUGAGAAGGAUCAAUUUCAAGAACUCUGCUUAGGGAUGGAGUUGAUAGGUUUACCCUUUCUUUUAGCGGUAAAGCCACCGAAAGGAUCAUCAACGGUCCAAGAAGGUUUACCAGAAGGGUUCGAAGAGCGAAUGAAGGGGCAUGGUGUGGUUUGGGGAGGAUGGGUGCAGCAACCUUUGAUAUUGUCUCAUCCAUCAGUAGGCUGCUUUGUGAACCAUUGCGGUCCCGGAGCAAUAUGGGAGUGUAUCAUGAGUAAUUGCCAAAUGGUUUUGCUUCCAUUUUUAAGUGAUCAAACUCUCUUCACAAAACUGAUGACCGAGGAAUUCAAGGUCUCUGUAGAAGUGUUGAGGGAAAAAACAGGAUGGUUUUCAAAAGAGAGCUUAAGAGAUGCGAUCAAGUCUGUGAUGGAUAAAGACAGCGACCUCGGGAAGCUAGUGAGGAGUAACCACGCUAAUUUGAAGGAGAUUCUUGUAAGUCCUGGAUUAUUGACUGGUUACGUGGAUAGCUUUGUCGAGGCAUUACAAGAGGAACUGAACUGAUUAGUGAUUACUGAUUUACUGUAUGUUGAAGACUUGUAAUAAUAUUAUAUCCAUAUUUUAAGGUUGAGAGUUGAGACGCUUUUAGAUUUU